AUGGUUGUUAGACUCCAUGUCCACACGGUAUCCCAUUUGGACGCAAACGUCAAGCCUUUCAUUUCCUUUUCCACAGACAUUCACACAAUUUCCCUAUCAACCGGGGAAUUCGUAACCAAAUGCCAGCUUCAUUACCGCUUCGUUACGCGCUCACCCUCGAUAGGUGAACUGAUCACACUGCAUCGAUUGCGAUGGCUUGGCCACGUGCUACGUAUGCCAGGCGACCGACUUCCUCGAAGGGUUUUUUCGCACAACCACGUGAAGGGUAGAAACGAGCCAGAGGCGGCCAAACAAUGA